CUCAGCAUCGCAUAGUAGAAGUAAUGGAGUUUCGGGUCAUCAAAUUCAAAAGCAAUUCGAGUGCCCUAAUAAAUGCGGGUCUUCUUUCGACCACGCAUUCAAUAUUUCAAGACACUUGCGUAAAUCAUGCAAUAAAGUAAAUCUCGAUAAAAAAUUAAAAUUUGAGCAAAAAAUGUACAAAGAAGUUUCACCUAAGACGAAAAGAUUUCCUUGUCCGAAUAACUGCGGUCGUUCUUUUAAUUUCAAACACACUUUGGAAGACCACAUUCGCACAGUUUGUGGAAAAAUGCGAUUCGCGUGUCCCUAUUGUUCUAAACAAUGCAGGAAAAAUUGGAGUGCUUCUCUACAUAUAAAAUAUCGUCAUCCUGGACGCAAAAAUUACGUAAUUGAUCUUUUUAAAAGAAAAGAAGCUAAAGAAAGUUUAAAGAAGAAAGAUAACACGGAUAUUGAAGUAGUAGAAAUUGAUGACAAUGAUGAUCCAUCUGGUUCAAGAAAUUCGAAUUUACCAGUGGAAGAAAACAAUUGUCCUUUUUGUGGAGAAUUUUUUCAGGAUUCUUUAAACUUAGGCAUGCAUAUAAAAUAUGAUCAUCUUUACAAUCCAGUAGACGAAGAAGAGGAAAUUGAUGAUUCGAGGGAACAGCAGGAACAAACUGAAGAUUCGCGACAUUUUAACGAAGACCUUCGAGAAAAUCUAAUGGUGCGUAUCUGGCGAUUCCUGUCGACGAUUAUGAUGCAAGUACUGGAAAAUAUCACUGUCCAAAUUGCAAAAGCGGCUUUGGAAAAAGGGAAUCUAUGCUGUCUCACUUUAGGCACGAAUGUGGAAAACCUCCUCGAUUCAAAUGUCCCUACUGCUUUUUGUGUUCAAAAAAAACUUCGAACAUCUAUAAGCAUAUUAGAAAAAUUCACCCCAUGAACCCAGUAACACUUGAAAAACUUUACUGAACCAUAAACUGAAAUAAUAAGACAAUAAAUUGUAUAUUUUCUAGAUAAAUAUUCUUCAUCGAAUCUUCAUUAUGUGUAUAUAUAAAUAAAAUAUUGUAACCAGUACGUGUAUAUUUUAUAAAAUAAAUAAUUUUUAAAUUUAA